AAAAAAAAGAAGGAACUUAAAAAAAAGAACCACAUAUUCACUCUCGCUCCAAAGCCUUCACCGCCACAACCCUCCGACCUGGAGCAGCCUAACUUACCCCAUCGUCGCCGGCCUUGCUCCAAGCUGUAACUGUGGUGUUGCUUCGCCGCCAGCCAGAGUGCUGAAUCUUAGCCAUUCUUCUUCUCUGCCAACUGUUUUUCGGUAUAUAUAUUUAUCAUCUAUCACCAACGCGAGCAACUGAAUUAGCAUCAGGUUAUUGGUCAUUGGUGAUUGUAUCAUGGCUACCAAGUUUAUUCUUUUACGAAGGCUCUCAAGAUUUGUAAAACCUUAUUCCACUCAUAGGUCAAGUUGUGUUCUGCUGGAACAUUUGGGACCUAUUGGCUUCUCUGACAACAAGUCUUCUCCUACAAGCUUAACUACGGCUCCUAGAAACUUUUGCUCUACCCCACGUAAUCCUAGUGACGACUCUCAAGUGCCUGCUGCCAUUGACUAUCAUGGAUACAGCUCCCUUCUGCAGGAGGACGAGUUUCACCGCCUAGCCAACUCUACAAUCCAUGAUUUGCUAGAGAAAUUUGAGGAAUAUGGUGAUGUUGUCCAGAUGGACCAGAUUGAUGGAUUUGAUGUAGACUAUGGGAAUGAGGUUUUGACCCUGAAGCUCGGAGCAUUGGGUACUUAUGUGUUGAACAAGCAAACACCAAAUAGACAAAUUUGGUUGUCAUCUCCAGUGAGUGGUCCUUCCAGAUUUGACUGGGAUCGAAGUGCUCAAGCUUGGGUUUAUAGACGAACUAAAGCAAAUUUGUUGAAAACUUUGGAAAGUGAGUUGGAGCAAUUAUGUGGUGAGCCUAUUGAUCUUUCUUCAAAUAGUUGAAGAUUCUCUAAUGUGUUAUUCCAUAUAAGCUUUCGUUAUUUUUUUCAUUUUUCAGCUUACAUAUUUAUUCACGAGAAAGUUUUGUUGUCUAUUCACUAGAUCAUACAUCUGUUAUUUCUUCCAUUUUGUGGGUUUUGUAACAGUCUAUUCAGGAUUGCAAGCACUUUCUUGCAAAAAUAAGGACAAACACAGUUCCAUAGUUUUGGUAUUCUUGAAUGUGAAAUAAUAAAACCUUCCAAACUUACGUUUAAAGUUA